UUCCGACGUAACCCGGAAGUUGCGUUAUUUUUCUGCGACACGCAGAUGUGUGUUUAUCUUUUGCAGCGCACCUAGAACGCAAUUUAAACGGGGUAAAUCCAAGACACACUGAGCCCCAGUCGUCACUAUGGGUGAAAGAAAAGGAACAAACAAGUACUACCCUCCUGAUUUUGAUCCAGCCAAGCAUGGAUCUCUCAAUGGCUACCAUAAAACUCACGCUCUGCGAGAGAGGGCCAGGAAGCUGUCCCAGGGCAUCCUCAUCAUCAGGUUUGAAAUGCCCUACAACAUUUGGUGUGACGGCUGCAAGAAUCACAUUGGCAUGGGUGUUCGUUAUAAUGCUGAGAAGAAGAAAGUGGGGAACUACUACACCACACCUAUCUACAGGUUUAGGAUGAAAUGCCAUCUGUGCAUCAACUACAUUGAGAUGCAGACAGAUCCAGCGACUUGUGAUUAUGUUAUAGUAAGUGGAGCUCGUAGGAAGGAAGAACGCUGGGACAUGGCUGAAAAUGAACAAAUUCUAACUACAGAACGAGCAGAGAAGGAGAAGCUAGAGACGGACGCCAUGUACAAACUGGACCAUGGUGGGAAAGACAAAGAGAAGCUUACAAAAGCUCUGCCAUCUCUUUCUGAAAUCCAAGACUACCAGGCAGGCUGGAAGGAUGACUUUCAGCUCAACAGCGCCCUCCGCAGGAAGUUCAGAACAGAAAAGAAAGUUCUGGUUGAGCAGGAGGAGAAAGACGAUGCUAUAAAGAUGAGGACAAACUUAUCUAUACCACUACUGCCAGAGAAAGAAGAGGACAAAAAACUGGCAGCACUGCUAACCUACCAGACACCUGACUCAUAUGAGGACAAAAAGCAAAGCAAGCGGAAAGAGAUAGCUUCUCGGUCUUGGUUUAACGUCGCCUCACCGUCAGCAGGGGGCGCUGCAGGCAGUCUGCUCCAUAAACUGAGCCUGCAGGGGAAAGAAGCAGCUGUGGCCAAAGCCCUGGGCUCCUCACACAGCCCCUUAAUCCGCAGACGCACAAGUGAAUCUGCAAACAAAAAUGAACCCUGCGCUACCAUCGCCCGUGCAAACUCAGAGGACUGUGAUGAAGAAAUGGUGAAAGUGGCACAGAAAGACCCCAGUGCAGGAUCAGCACAUGAGGGGGAGGAAGAAGAGAAAAAUAGCUGUGGUUUGAAUAAGGUGGAUUCCAAAACCAAAGAGGAAGUUUACACAAAACAGACAGACGCAGUGGACCAUAUGAAGGAGAGCGAAAAGGGAACAAGUUCUGGAGGAGUCGCAUCGUUGGUGGCUGACUACAGCGACUCAGAUUCAGAAUCUACAUAAUGACACUAAACUAAAAUCUAAACGGGACAUUUUCUGCUUCCAGAGGACUUGUAAUGUGUUUUCUUUCCCCAACAUGUUUGAAAAUAAUACUAUCAGCACCUCUUUCAAAUUAAAGCUUUGGGCAGCACACAAACCUAGCCUCACCUUCAGAAUGUGGUUUUGAAUGUGUUUAGUUUACCUGUCCGUCACAGCCUUUAAUUAAUUUAGAUGUUUUUGUUCUUUGUUCUAAAAGGAAACAUGCAAUCUGAAAAUAAAAGUGGCUGAUGCUUUACAAAACAUAA